AUGACGUGCCCUGGAGAAGCCUUCCCUGACCCCACUCCGCCUAGAGCCUCUGUGGUGCUGAUUGGCCGGCCGGGCGCCCGGGCCCAAGAAGAGGGGCGGCCGCCCGCGCGCCCGCCUCGUCUUCGCGGGGGCGCGCCCGCGGCACGCGGCCGGGCGGGGCCGGGGGUGAGUGACGGCCACGCGGGCCAAUGGGGCGGGCGCGCGCCGCCGCCUCCGCCCGCGCGGCCCCUGACGCCGCCGAGGCGCCGCGCCGCUGCGGCUGCGGGCGGCGACGGCUGCACCAUGGGUUGGCUACUGCUGGCCGCCCGGCUGCCGCCGCUCCUGCCGCCGUUGCUGCUGCUGCUGCUGGCCGGGGGUGAGUGCGCGCUGCGCGGGCGGGCGGCCGCGGGGCCGGGGCCGGCGGGUGGCGGCGGUGGCGGCGGGCCGCGGUGCUGGACAGCUCCCCGGCCGCCAACAAAGGGGCCGGCGCGCGAGGCGCGGGAGCGCGGGGCUCGGCUGGGCUGCUGCGCCGUCCGCGACACGCGCGCUCCCAGGGCGGGGGGCGUGGGGCCACAGCGUGUGCCUCGUGUGAAAGCGGUCCCCGGCGCGGGGGCGUACGUGUGCGCGCGGCGCGGGGGCGUACGAGCGUCCCUGGGCACGUGUGCAGCAGGGUCCGAUGAGCCUGGCCCAGAGGGCCUCACCUCCACCUCCUUGCUGGAUCUCCUGCCGCCCACGGGUCUGGAGCCGCUGGACUCGGAGGAGCCCAGUGAGGCCAUGGGACUGGGAGCAGGCCUGGGAGCCCCCGGCUCGGGUUUCCCCAGUGAAGAGAGCGAAGAGUCACGCAUUCUGCAGCCGCCACAGUACUUCUGGGAAGAGGAGGAGGCACUGAAUGACUCCAGUCUGGACCUGGGACCCACUGCAGAUUACGUCUUUCCAGACUUGACUGAGAAAGCGGGUCCAAUAGAAGACACCAGCCAGGGUCAAGAGGUGCCGAGUCUGCCCUCUCCCUUGCCCAAGAUGAACCUGGUGGAGCCACCAUGGCAUAUGGCUCCUGGAGAGGAGGAAGAGGAGGAGGAGGAAGAGGAGGAAGAGGAGGAGGAAGAGAGGGAGAAGGAGGAGAUAGAGAAGGAAGAGGAAGAGGAAGAGGAAGAAGAGGAGCUCCUGCCUGUGAAUGGAUCCCAAGAAGAAGCCCAUACUCAGGUCCACAGCUUUUCUCCCACCAGCAGCAGCCAGAUGCCAGGGGCUGCCAAACACAGGCAUGAAGAAUCUGGGGACCAGGCCUCCUCAGGUGUGGAAGUGGGGAGCAGUAUGGAGCCCAGCCUAUCACCGCCUGCAGUCACCCCGAGUACAGUGACCCUGGGGGGUCAGGACUUCAUCAGCCAGGAGGCAGGGGGCACAAUGCUGCCAGCCGAGGGGCAUGGGGUAGAGUUUGAGGCCCCUCGGGAAGCAAGCGAGGAGGCCACUGUGGGAGCAGUGGGGCUGACUGGGAAGCAAGGGGAGGCGCCGUUCUUGGCAUCAUUUCCCCAAACAGAAGCUCCCAGUGGGGCUGAGAGCCCAGAUGAAGAUCCCCUUUACCCUGGAGCCUCAGCAUCUUUCCCCCUAGCCCCCCGAGAUGUGGAACUGACCCCUUCCUCUGCUACUUUGGGGCAAGAAGACCUUAGCCAGCAGCCCCAAGAAGGACAGGCCGCCGAAGCCCAGUCCAGAAUACCCUGGGAUUCUACUCAGGUGAUCUGCAAAGACUGGAGCAAUCUGGCUGGGAAGAACUACAUCAUUCUGAACAUGACGGAGAACAUAGACUGUGAAGUGUUCCGGCAGCACCGAGGGCUGCAGCUCCUGGCCCUGGUGGAGGAGGUGCUGCCCCGCCAUGGCAGUGGCCGCCAUGGGGACUGGCACAUCUCCCUGAGCAAGCCCAGUGAGAAGGAGCAGCAUCUUCUGAUGACGUUGGUGGGCGAGCAGGGGGUGGUGCCCACUCAAGACGUCCUUUCCAUGCUGGGUGACAUCCGCAGGAAUCUGGUGGAGAUUGGCAUCCAGAACUACUCCACUACAAGCAGCUGCCAGGCACGGGCCAGCCAGGUGCGCAGUGACUAUGGGACGCUCUUUGUGGUGCUGGUGGUCAUCGGUGCCAUCUGUGUCAUCAUCAUCGUGCUGGGCCUGCUCUAUAACUGCUGGCAGCGCCGGCUGCCCAAGCUCAAACAUGUGUCACACGGCGAGGAGCUGCGCUUCGUAGAGAACGGCUGCCACGACAACCCCACGCUGGACGUGGCCAGCGACAGCCAGUCGGAGAUGCAGGAGAAGCAGCCCAGCCUGAACGGCGGCGGGGCCGUCAACGGCCCAGGGGGCUGGAGCGCGCUCAUGGGGGGCAAGCGGGACCCCGAGGACUCGGACGUGUUCGAGGAGGACACGCACCUGUGAGG